CAUAGUGAUGCUAAUAAACAGCAACUCGCGGUUGAUUACUCCUACUACGAGUGUUCAGAAAUAACAAUCCUUUUUCUCUACUGAAGUCACCUUCAACCGUUUUUUAAACAAUGGAGUCGGAAAGUCUCCAUCUCAAUUGUGAUUAUGUUGCUAGCAGUGGACAUAUUUUGAGUUGUGAGCAAAAAGCAGCACUUCAAACCUCAUUAAUUAUCUUACAGAAUGAAAACAAGUUUUACCGAGUUUACUUUUGGGGAAAGAUUCUCGGUGUAAAAGAUAACUAUUUUAUUGCACAGGGGGUUUACAAAGAUGAAUUUGCAGGCAGAAAAACAUUUUACAGGCAAGUAAAAUUAGAGACUUAGAUUUCAAUAAAAAUAAAUUAUUUGAUUCAUAGUAAUCAUAAUCAUAGUAAUAGAUAUUUUAUUAGUAUUAGGCUGGGGCUACCACCAUCAUUGUUAGUUGUUGAUUCUAGUUAUGUCACUUAUAGUAUAGUAUAGUAUACUAUAAUAUAGUAUAAUAAUAAUAAAAUAUCAAACAUCUUUAAUUUAAUAACUUUUACUUAGGGGCCGUCCAUAAAGCACAUCACGCUCCAGAGGGGGGGAGGGGGUGUAAUGGGGGGGGAGGGGGGGUCAGGCCAUGUGUGAUAUCACACAUUUAUUUUUGUAAAAAUUUCAUUUCUAAGUUAUUUUUUAUUUUUUAGCGGAAUUUAAUAGCUUUAAAAUAAUUUUCAAAACUUUUGUGUAUCAUUUGAAUUAGUUUUAUGUCAAAAUAGCAUGAAAUGCGUAUCUCUUGAAUGGGCUGUUCACGAUUCUUCUCUCUAGGAGCGCUAGUAUGCUGUUGCGAAGCCUUGUUUUAUGUAUAGCCUUACUUUCUUCUUUCCUUAAGUAUUAUUUUUUCUAUGUUGUCCGCUGCAUAAAUAUGUCACUGUCCUUUUUAUUACUUAAUCAUUUGGUGAGUCAAGUUUCUCUAAUAUACUUCUCAACCUGUGUGAAAAGAUUGCAUAAUCGGAAGAUUAUCUAAAACUUGACCUCACCUAUUGUAAAUGAAAAAGCAGCAGAUAAAUGAUUUUAUAUCAUUGUCUAGUCUAAUUUUUGCAAUUUUUGUUUUCAAAUUCAAUCUAGAUUGAGUUACUGCCUCAAUGAAUAACUGUGACAACUGUUGAAAAUUAACUAUUCUACUAUUAAAGUAAUUUUAAUAAUGUGGUAGUGGAAAUUAAGUGGACAUUUUAUAUUUUAAUACAGUUUAAUAGUGAAGUGUGUUUUAGAUUAAAUUUUAAUUAGGUGUUAAUUAAAAAAAUUGUUUUUUUCAAAAGUGUGACGUACUUUGGGGGGGGGGGGUAUCCCAGAUUUGUGACAGGAGGGAGGGAGGGGGUUUAAAAUGGUCAAAAAUAGCGUGACAUACUUUAGGGAUGGCCCCUUACAGUUAAAUUAAAUUAUUAAACAUAUACACCUGUAUCUAUACUUAUGGCCUACUAUGUAGGCCUAAUUAUAGUUAGUAACAGUAAAAGUAGUAUUUGAUUAUAUUUAUUGAGUAGCCUAUAACUAUCCCAUCAUUUUUAGGCUUUUUAAACAAGUAUGAUAAGAUGAAACUAUGCGGCUUCUGACAUUGCUAAAUUAAUGCCUUCUUCUAAUAAUGGAAAGACUUGCAUUUUACAUCAUGACAGCAAAAUAAAAAAAUAUUAAAUAAACCACAUGCACAUAGGCAUAAUUGUUGUGUGCUGGGCCAUCCAUAAAUGAUGUCACACGUCUAGGGGGGAGGGGGGUCAGAUUUUUGUGACGUGGGGUGGGGGGGGUGGCCUCAAGCCAUGUGACAUCACAUGAAAAGCAGAAUGUUAUAGUAAAGAAUUUCACUUAAUAACACUAAAUUAUAGACAAUUUUAAUAUUAUUUAAAAAAACAAAAACAAUAUAAUUAUUUUCUUUUAAAACUACUAUCACUGAGAAAAUCAGGUAGGAAUGCAAGGUCUGAAGAAAGAGAAUCGGAAUGUAGUUACAAUGACAGUCGUGAGAAUUUAUGGCUAAAUCUUCACACUCGAAGUGGGAUGGAGCAGGAAAAAAGGUUGACCGCGGGGUGGUGGGUAUCUUAGUAAAUGCUCUAGGGCAAGGAUUCUUAACCUUUUUUGCAGCGUUGCAGGGCCACAUACCUCCCCCAACCGUAUAAAUUACAUUAUAAUAAAAUUUAAAAUAAUUAAAUAAUUUAAUUAUCGUAGAUUUUAUUUCUUUAAUUAACUUUUUAUAAACAGGGGAAAAAUUACCAAUACACAAAAUGCGCCAAUGAAAUUCACCAUUGACUGCUGCUAAUCAAAAUCCAAAAACUCUUUUUUUUUAAAGCAAUUGCAGCAAAUAGAAACAAUGGUGUAGCUAGGGUUGGUGUCACCCGGUCCGGUAAGCUCGUGGUGUCAUCCCCUCCCCUUUUUACAAUGUAUUUCUUCUUGUUAAACCUAGUCCACAGUAUAAGAAAUACAAGAAAAAAGCAAAUUAAUUGAAGGUCAGGGGGUAAAUGUAUUUAAGAACUGCAACGUUCUUUGAAUCCCCCAUAACUAUCAGUUGUAUUAUCAGAAUUUAGAUACAAAUAACUUCCUGUCACUUACAAAAGUUGCCAAAUACUUAAUUUGGCGUUGAAACAUGGUCAAAACGGUGUGUUUCUGACCUAAUAAUAUGGAAACCUAAUUGCUGAUGCAUCAACCUUGACAUUUUAAUAUUAACGAAACACGCAUUUUGAUUGGUCACAUGGGUGGAAAAUGUAUGGGUCAUCUGUUACCCUUUAUGAAUUUCGGUUAGACAGAUCGGUGUGUGCUCUGUAAUUACGCUAUCUUUCAAUUUGGUGUCACCCCCUGAGAUGGUGUCGACCGGUGCGGUCCGCUCCCCCCUAGCUACGCCACUGAAUACAAUUUUUUGGUCUUCCACACCUCAAGGCUGGGGAGGUAGUUGUACACCUAGUUAAGAACCACUGAUCUAGUGAAAUGUUUGGUGCAGUAAUUUGAUAUCCAUGGGAGGCGAAUUUCUUAAGGGUUUGUAAAGGACAGUAGUGGACACAGGGACUUUUUAUUGGGGGGGNUAACUUUUAGUGACGAUUUAUGACGAUGGGGGAGGGGGGGGUGUCAAUUGGCAAAAUUUGCGUGACAUCAUUUAUGGAUGGCCCCUGUGCUCAACAUUUUCAUUAAAUUUUUUUAACAACAUGGCAACAACAGCAGACACCCCUCCCACUUAAAAACAAAACAGCAUCAAAUUCUGAAUAAAAUUUAAGUUUUAUUUCUUGAAUAAAUAUUUAAUAAAUAUGGAUACUUAAAUGUUUCUUCAAAAUGUACAUUUAGCUUUUUAAAAAAACAUCUUUUCAGCAAAGACUGCAUACACUGGGGGCUAUUACCACAUGCAACACAGGAAAUGAAAACAAAGUCAAAACUUGCUAAAGGUCGAUUCACUGGAGACCCUGCUUAUGAGUUUGAACAUGUUGAAACAAAAAAGAUAGGAGAAGGCGAAGAAGCAACUGAAGAGGAGGAAACGGUUUGUACAUUCAAACAUUGAAAUAAAAACUACAAUAAAAGACAAUAUCCCUUAUGUGACAUUUCUUUUACUUAUGGAGGAGAGUGACAAUUAUUAAUUUGAGUCUCCCUUUGCCUUUGAAGAAAAUUUAUUAGUAUUAAAAAUAGCACAAGAUGCAUGUCCUCCUCACAACUUACUGAAUUCUAUUAUAACUUUUCAUAAAUUAUAAUAAAGGCAGAAAUUUAUGUUUGCACAUGAACUAAUAAAAAAGAUUCAAUUAUUUGAAGGUUUCAAUACACAUAGUAUUGAAAUUUAUCAACAUAGACAACAUCAUUCUUUUUUUUUUAGACUAUUAUCAAAGAAGAAGACCGUCUGUCAUCUGUUGUGGCCGAGAUCGAUGAAGAUGUGAGAAUCGUUCCUCGAGGGGCUUUCAUCCAAGUCCCAACUGCAGAAGUUGUAAAAAACAGAAGCUUUGAAGGUUAAUGUUUUUAAUGAUAUUUAAUAAUAAUUAAUAAUAUUGCAAUUGGAACAAAAGGCAACUACACAGAUUAAUCAAUUUUUUCUUUCAUUAUGUACCUAACAUACCUUGUAUUUUUCUUUAUCAAUUGCAGGGCUAUCUGUACAAGAAGCCGCUAAACUAUGCAACUAUAUGCAUUUUAGAGAAGCUAAAAGACUGGACUUGAAGACCUUGUUACAACGCGCCAACAUGGAUAAGGCCAUUGAUUUUAUGGAUAGUAUCGAGGACGAUAUUCCCCGCGGUAAGUUAAAAAAUGUUUUUUCUUAAAACACAACUUUAAUUGUGCAAUGCUAGAUUUUCUGGGAGGAUAGGGGCAAAGUAAGUGUUGUGAUUUAGAUUCUUGAUUCAAAUUACAUAUAAUAAAUAAGUAGUACAAUCUUAAAUAGAUUUGAUAAACAAUUUUAAACAAUUCUAAAUUGUAAAUAAUAUUAAUACUCAUACUCAUAAUAAAACAUAGCCUGUUAUAUAUUAAUUUGCUACUUGUAUAUAAAUUAAAUAUCAGAAGUGCUUUGUUAUAAUAAAAGCAACCCAGCAUGUAGACCAAAAUAGUUUGGUCCUAUUUUUAUAAAUAAUUUAUCAUUCCUAACCAAUAUUAUUUAAUCUUUAUUAUUUUUCACCCUGUCUUUAAAUUAUGCAACAUGGAACUAAAUUACCAAAUUAACAUUUUCCAGGUGCUUGGACACUACAGUUUGAGAGAGGAAGUGGAUUGCUUGUGUUGAGAAGCCUUUCAUGGCCUGGAUAUGUUUUCUAUCAUGUUCCUGCAACACAAAAAUAUGGAUCAAUUUAUUUUGGCACUGGAGAAAAGAAUAUGGACUUACCUUUCAUGCUCUAGAAAUUUAUGGUCUUUAUCAAAGUACAGAUUUAUAAAAUACUUUUUUCAUUUUAAAAAUAUUUUUUUAAAUGCUAAAGAAAAAGUUGCUAAUAAUUAUAUUAUUUUUAAAAAGCAUAAGCUCUUAAUCUCACUGUUACCUUAAAACCAGGGAUAUUCUUUGUCACUUAUUAUUACAAAGCAAAAAAGUAAAAACAUAAAAUAAUUUCAUGUAAAAAUCUCAAAUUCUCAUUUUCAAAAGACAAUUUGUCAUACAAAAAAGCAAAUUGUGACUAUAUUGUGUGCUAAUGAUAUUCUAAAUUUGAAAUAAUUUCCUCAUUUCUUGAAUUUGAUAAUUAUUAAGAAAACCUUACAAAUAUUCCUGUAAUUUUAGAAAAAAAUUACCAUAAUUUUAAAAUGAAUCAUUUGUCUAUGUAAUUUUUAUAUAUUCAAAAGGAAAACCAUGUUGAUAAGUUAUUGUUUUAUUAGUUUUUAAAUAUCAUAGAAGAAACAUUUAUUUUGUGUGUAUUCUGUGCCAUUUUCAUAUGUUACAGUAACUUAAUUCAUCUAAAACAGAUUUAUACCUCAAAUUUUUAAAUUAAUUCUUAAGAGCCUGCAAAAGUAAAAAUAGACAUAACGUCUUGUAUAAAGCAAAUGUUUUAAUUUAAGCAUGAACAUAAUAAUCCAAAUUUCUGUUUUUAAAAAGAUAUUACUUACAGUUGAGAAGAAGGCCCAUAUGUUUAUAUUUUCUUUCUCUUACAAUAGUAUGGUGUUGUAAAAAAUUGAGAAUAUGAAUUACCAUCCAUCUUGAAAAAAAAUAAUUAUCCAAAAACUUUUAAUAAGUUUAUUUACAAAUAAAAUAAAAGUACUUCUUUUAAUACUUAGCACAAAAAAAUGAAUAGAAAUUUUCUUGAUAUAUAUAUUUUUAAGAUGGUGUGUUUAAAUGCUAAAUAAUUAAUAUAUUUUUCUGAGCACUGAUAUUUAAGAAAGUUUACUAAGUUUGAAAAUUAUAUUUUAAUACUUUUUUAAAAAUACAUUAUGAUUUUAAGAAUUUUUACAGUGGAUAAUUUUAUUGUGAAGAUGAACUCAUUGUUAAAUGCAUAUUUAUUCUCAGAAAAAAAGUUUACAUCAUCAGUUUUACAAUAUUUUUCUAAAAUGUUAUAUCGCAGAUGUUUUUUGAAAUAAACUUUGGACUACAAUUUAUAAUAAUCAAUUUGUUUCUUUAAUAAACCUUUAUUUAAAGAACUAUUUUAGAGCAUUUUUGAGGGAUUGAAGUAAAAAGUAAUAGUGCUUUAUGGAGUAAUCCUAAAUGAAAAUAUACUAU